CGGAAGUCCGCAGCCUCCCAAGCCUCUGAUUGGCUUUCAGGCUGGCGCCUAUCUCGGCCCCCGCGCCAGUUUCGGGCUGGUUGGCGCGGAAUCGGGAGACUGCGGGACUAUGGCGCCUGUGCACGGCAACGACUGCGAACUGGGGGCAAGCGAUUCAGGAAGUUUUGUAACUUCUCGGGCUCGGCGAGAAAAAAAGUCAAAGAAAGGUCGCCAAGAAGCUCUAGAAAGACUGAAAAAGGCUAAAGCCGGUGAGAAGUAUAAAUAUGAAAUCGAGGACUUCACAAGUGUUUAUGAAGAAGUUGAUGAAGAACAGUAUUCGAAGCUGGUUCAGGCACGGCAGGAUGAUGACUGGAUUGUGGAUGAUGAUGGUAUUGGUUAUGUGGAAGACGGCCGAGAGAUUUUUGAUGAUGAUCUUGAAGAUAAUGCUCUUGAUACCAGUGAGAAAGGAAAGGAUGCUAAAGCACGCAACAGAGACAAGAAGAAUGUAAAGAAACUUGCAGUGACAAAACCAAACAAUAUCAAGUCAAUGUUCAUUGCCAGUGCUGGAAAGAAAAGCACAGAUAAAGCUGUAGAUUUGUCUAAGGAUGAACUGCUAGGUGACAUUCUACAAGAUCUGAACACUGAGAAACCUCAAAUAACUCUUCCACCUGUAAUAAUACCUAAGAAGAAAAGAUCUACUGGAGCUUCUCUGAAUCCUUUUGCUGUGUACACUCCCAAGGCAAUUCCUUCAGGAAAAACUGCUUCCCCUGUCGCCAGGAAGGAGCUUUCAUUAACUCCUGCUCCUCUUAAACGAACUGAAUUUGCUGGAGAGCUGGUGCAGCCAGAGUGUCCGGAAGAUGAGUGUGAGUCAGGGGAAAUGGAGUUUGAAGAUGGUGACUUUGAUGAGCCCAUGGAAGCUGAGGAGGUGGACAUGAAGCCUAUGGCUGCCAAGACUUGGGACCAAGAGAGUGAGCCAGCAGAGAGGAUGAAACAUAAGGCGGAUCCUAGGAAAGAGACCACGUCUUGCUUGGGAAGUUUUCUCCCAGAUGACUCUUGUUGGGGCAUUGAUCAGGAAAAUGAUAGCAGUUUCUCAGCACAAGAAAUUCAAGUGGAUUCCAGUCAACUCCCAUUGGUAAAAGGGACAGAUGAAGAACAAGUGUUCCAGUUUUAUUGGUUGGAUGCUUAUGAAGAUCAGUACAACCAACCAGGUGUGGUAUUUCUGUUUGGAAAAGUUUUUAUUGAAUCAGCCAAGACCCACGUGAGCUGUUGUGUCAUGGUGAAAAACAUUGAGCGAACACUGUACUUCCUUCCCCGUGAAAUGAAAAUUGAUCUAAAUACAGGGAAGGAAACAGAAAUUCCAGUUACAAUGAAGGAUGUUUACGAUGAAUUUGAUGAAAGAAUAGCAGCAAAAUAUAAAAUUAUGAAGUUCAAGUCCAAGACAGUGGAAAAGAAUUAUGCUUUUGAGAUACCUGAUGUUCCCGAAAAAUCUCAAUACUUGGAAGUUAGAUACUCGGCAGAAGUACCACAGCUUCCUCAGGAUUUGAAAGGAGAAACUUUUUCUCAUGUAUUUGGAACCAACACAUCCAGCUUGGAACUGUUCUUGAUGAACAGAAAGAUCAAAGGACCUUGUUGGCUUGAAGUAAAAAAUCCACAGCUCUUGAACCAGCCAAUCAGUUGGUGUAAAUUUGAGGCCAUGGCUUUGAAACCUGACCUGGUGAAUGUAAUUAAGGAUAUUGGUCCUCCUCCACUUGUGGUGAUGUCUUUCAGCAUGAAAACAUUGCAGAAUGCAAAGAACCAUCAACAUGAGGUUAUUGCUAUAGCAGCUUUGGUUCAUCACAAUUUUGCAUUAGAUAAAGCACCCCCACAACCUCCCUUUCAGUCACACUUCUGUGUUGUAUCUAAACCGAAGGACUGUAUUUUUCCAUGUGCUUUCAUUGAAGUCAUUAAGGAAAAGAAUGUGAAGGUUGAGGUUGCUACAACAGAAAGAACACUGCUAGGUUUUUUCCUUGCAAAAGUUCACAAAAUUGAUCCUGAUAUCAUUGUGGGUCAUAAUAUUUAUGGGUUUGAACUGGAAGUGCUACUGCAGCGAAUUAAUGUGUGCAAAGUUCCUCACUGGUCCAAGAUAGGUCGUCUGAAGCGAUCCACCAUGCCAAAGCUUGGGGGCCGGAGUGGAUUUGCUGAAAGAAAUGCUACCUGUGGCCGAAUGAUCUGUGAUGUGGAAAUUUCAGCAAAGGAAUUGAUUCAUUGCAAAAGCUACCAUUUGUCUGAACUUGUUCAACAGAUUCUGAAAAUGGAAAGGGUUGCAAUUCCAAUGGAAAAUGUACGAAACAUGUACAGUGAAUCUUCUCAUCUGUUGUACCUGUUGGAACACACCUGGAAAGAUGCCAGGUUCAUUUUGCAGAUCAUGUGUGAGCUAAAUGUUCUUCCAUUAGCAUUGCAGAUCACUAACAUCGCUGGGAACAUUAUGUCCAGGACACUGAUGGGUGGACGAUCUGAACGUAACGAGUUCUUGUUGCUUCAUGCAUUUUAUGAAAACAACUAUAUCGUGCCUGACAAGCAGAUUUUCAGAAAGUCUCAGCAAAAACUGGGAGAUGAAGAUGAAGAAAUUGAUGGAGAGACCAAUAAAUACAAGAAAGGGCGGAAGAAAGCAGCUUAUGCUGGAGGCUUGGUUUUGGACCCCAAAGUUGGUUUUUAUGAUAAGUUUAUUUUGCUGCUGGACUUCAACAGUUUAUACCCUUCCAUCAUUCAGGAAUUUAACAUUUGUUUUACAACAGUGCAAAGAGUUGCUUCAGAGACACAGAAAGUUACAGAGGAUGGAGAACAAGAACAGAUCCCUGAGUUGCCAGAUCCAAGCUUAGAAAUGGGCAUUUUGCCCAGAGAAAUCCGGAAACUGGUAGAACGGAGAAAACAAGUCAAACAGCUAAUGAAACAGCAAGAUUUAAACCCAGAUCUUGUUCUUCAGUAUGACAUUCGACAGAAGGCUUUGAAGCUCACAGCGAACAGUAUGUACGGUUGCCUGGGAUUUUCCUACAGCAGAUUUUACGCCAAACCACUGGCUGCCUUGGUGACAUACAAAGGAAGGGAGAUUUUGAUGCAUACAAAAGAGAUGGUACAGAAGAUGAAUCUUGAAGUUAUUUAUGGAGAUACAGAUUCAAUUAUGAUAAACACCAAUAGCACCAAUCUGGAAGAAGUAUUUAAGUUGGGAAACAAGGUAAAAAGUGAAGUGAAUAAGUUGUACAAACUGCUUGAAAUAGACAUUGAUGGUGUUUUCAAGUCUCUGCUACUACUGAAGAAAAAGAAAUAUGCUGCUCUGGUUGUUGAACCAACAUCAGAUGGGAAUUACGUUACCAAACAGGAGCUGAAGGGAUUAGAUAUAGUUAGAAGAGAUUGGUGUGAUCUUGCUAAAGACACUGGAAACUUUGUCAUUGGCCAGAUUCUUUCUGAUCAAAACCGGGACACUAUAGUAGAAAAUAUUCAGAAGAGGUUAAUAGAAAUUGGAGAAAAUGUGCUAAAUGGCAGUGUCCCAGUGAGCCAGUUUGAAAUUAACAAGGCAUUGACAAAGGAUCCCCAGGAUUACCCUGAUAAGAAAAGUCUACCUCAUGUACAUGUUGCCCUCUGGAUAAAUUCUCAAGGAGGCAGAAAGGUGAAAGCUGGAGAUACUGUGUCAUAUGUCAUCUGUCAGGACGGGUCAAACCUCACUGCAAGUCAGAGAGCCUAUGCACCUGAACAACUGCAAAAACAGGACAAUUUAACCAUUGACACCCAGUACUACCUGGCCCAGCAGAUCCACCCAGUUGUGUCACGAAUCUGUGAGACAAUAGAUGGAAUUGAUGCAGUGCUCAUUGCAACAUGGUUAGGACUAGACCCCACCCAAUUUAGAGUUCAUCAUUAUCAUAAAGAUGAAGAGAAUGAUGUUCUACUUGGUGGCCCAGCACAGCUCACUGAUGAAGAGAAAUACAGAGACUGUGAAAAAUUCAAAUGUCCAUGUCCUACAUGUGGAACGGAAAAUAUUUACGAUAAUGUCUUUGAUGGCUCGGGAACUGAUAUGGAGCCCAGCUUGUAUCGUUGCAGCAACAUUGAUUGUAAGGCUUCACCUCUGACCUUUACGGUACAGAUGAGCAACAAAUUGAUCAUGGACAUUAGACGGUGCAUUAAAAAGUACUAUGAUGGCUGGUUGAUAUGUGAGGAGGCAGCAUGUCGCAAUCGAACUCGGCAUCUUCCCCUUCAAUUCUCCCGAAAUGGUCCUCUUUGUCCAGCAUGCAUGAAAGCUAUACUUAAACCUGAGUAUUCUGACAAGUCCCUGUACACCCAGCUGUGCUUUUACCGGUACAUUUUUGAUGUGGACUAUGCACUGGAGAAACUUAUUACCGAUCAUGAGAAAGAAAAAUUGAAGAAGCAGUUUUUUACACCCAAAGUUCUUCAGGACUACAGAAAACUCAAGAACACAGCCGAGCAGUUCUUGUCCUGGAGUGGCUACUCUGAAGUGAACCUCAGCAAACUCUUCGCCGAUUGUGCUGUGAAGUCCUAAGGAAAUCCACAAGCGAAUGAGGAGGGCUAGUUGCAAAUCCCAGCUUCCUGAGCACCUCUACUCUGGCCCUAACUGCUUCUCCAGUAUCUUGCUUUUCCUUUAAGGACUGCAUCUCAUGUUCACGUGGGAUGUGAACUAGGAGGAGGGAUUACAAAAAUAUUUCAUCUGUCAUGCAUCAAAGAAGAUCCAGUCUUCAUGUUAUGGUAUACCACUGAGCUCUUCCCCAUGUCCCUAAAGACCUAGCAUAUUGGGAACUGGGUUUCUAGGAGAGGGAAAUUGCUAUUUUAAUUGAAAGUGGCUGAGAUGUAAGUGACCCUGGACUUUGCCCCAGGGCUGUAGUAGAGGUGUUCCCCCAAAGAGAGGAUUCUGCAGCCCAGCAGGAGCAGUAGUAACAUUUUGCCUUUUCACAUGCCAAUUAAACACAGUCUAAAUCCAGAUGAUUCCUUAGCCACUUGCUAUAGAAGUGGCUGUCUUUUUUAGUCACGUCUUUCAGAUAGGUAGUGGAUGGCAGGGGAGAUAUAGAAUCCUUGCACUCAAAAAUAAACAGAAUGGACUCUAUUGAAUUGCUCCAAAAUCCAACACACACACACACACAAUCUGAACAGGUGUUUUACAUUUACACACACCCACACUUAAAUAGAAAGUUUAGGUAAAAGUUUAUACAACAGGAAAGCACAUUUAAAAUAAUAUAGGACAUCAAAGGGCUGGGGAUGUAGCCCAGUGGUAGAGUGCACUUGCCUAACAUGCAUGAGACCUGAGUUCUGUCUUUAGCAGUGCUAAAAGAAAGUGUAGCAUUUGGGAUGAGGAUCAAUGUGUUGCAUUUGGCAAAGUGGGAGAAUGGUUAAUUGGCCCUGGUGCUUGCUAUUUUUCCUCAUUUUCUUCAGAAUGGUGCCUGCUUUGCUGCAGCAAAAAGUAUUUCAAUAUGUCAAUCUUUCUUACAUUAUUGGUAAGAUUGUACUAACAAAAUAUAUUUCCCCUUGUAUAACUAUGCUGUGUUUUAAAAAUGUUUACCUAUGUGUUUUUAUAAAGGAGAGUAUGCUGUGCUUUAUACUUAAGAAUAAAGUUUUUCUAAAGGGAAA